UAAAAAUUUUUACAGUAAGCUAAACUUAUUGUAACCACAAAAGAGAUAGGCACAGAAGGUUGGCUCCAUACAACGAGUGACGACAGAUGCACGUAAACAUAGACGGGUACGUACAUCAGUUGCAUGGAUCCAUGGCAAGUCGUGAGCCAGUGCCCGCGCUUCGCUUUUAUGUUCGUUGCAUUAUUGCUCAAUAUAGGGAGCUGGCCUUCUAUACUUAUCUAUUUUGUGACUUGUAACCGUGUAGUAUUACAAUAUUGAAGACAAUGUAAACUAUCGUAUUUGGAUGCAGUCAACUGACACAGCAUUUUGAUUACACGUGCCAUUUUUCAUAUUUGGGAUAAUAUGACGUAGAUUUACCACUAUUUAAGAGGGUAGCAGUUGAAGUUCGAUUGCAAUACAUUUCUACAAGGGCUAGUAGAAUCACUGACUACCUACGAGAUUACCAGUAUCUACCAGAUCUACAAGAUGUCCACGCAAAUGGCCGAUCAGUUGUUCCCGUCUUCAGAUGAGUCAAUAGUUGACGCUCCAGUCCCAGUCAAGACCAGUAAAAAGAAGCGGAAGACUGCAGAGAAGGCAUCGGGUAGCCAGCCUACCGCUAGUAAGAAGACUAAGUCGAGAGCUACGGUGCGUGAUCUCUUCGGCACGGAUAGCGACGAUGACGAACUGGAUCACAGCGUCGGUAAAAAAGCAGCACCUAUCUAUUCCUAUGUUACGCGUAGGCUAGCUAACGGUUUCUCACGACAAAUUGAUGAAGAGAAAACUGGGGCUUUUUAUAUUGAGCUAAAAGUUUAUAAUAGUGACGAAAUCGAGCGGGUACCACCAGUCAAUCGAUGGCGGCACUCCGUUAUAACUAUCAAAAAUAAAACUAAUUCGGACACCGAGUCCUGGAGGCAUUUAAAUGCAUUCAUAAAGGAGACAAGGAAAGAAUUUAAAAACCGUACACCUACUUUUAUAAGCUCGUACCAGUAGAAUUAAACAGCUGUAUAAUAAAGAAUAGAUAAUGAAGUACGUAAUCAUAACUCUCAAUUAAUCAUUUAUAUGGACCUGUAUAAUCAUUAAACUGUAUUUACUAAUUAACCUAAGACAACUAUGUAUUUUAAAUGUAGUUUUGUUUAAUUAAAUGUAUGUAUAUCUUAUAGUAUGUAUCAUUUUUCUUUUCAGUGAAAUCACCCUCUACUGAUUCACCAUCAAGUUAUAUGUAUUGUGAUAAAUGUAAAACAGAGAUACCGAAACCUGAAUUCAGAUAUCAUAAACGAACUAAUAUCCAUAAAUCGAAUUGUUUGAUAAAGUCAAAGUUUGAACAUAUUGAUAUAAUAGCUACAGCAUUUAAAAACAGAAUAAUGACAUAUCGCUUAAACCCAUCUAUAGAAGACGAGUACCUCCUGCCGGAGGCGUUCUUAGAUGGAAAACGAGACGAUGUUUAUAAAUUAAUUGAGUUAUCAUUAUUAAAACAUACAUGUAUUAAAGUUAACUUUGAGCUGUUUGCUUACUUUGUUUUACCUAAAUCAGGUGAGCAGCAGCUGAAGUCAUUUAAUACAAAAUACGAAGUUAUUUAUAAGAGUACUGAUUUUGAUCAGAUUUAUUUAAAUAUGAGAGAAACUUUUAAGAUGAAAUUAACUGAAUUUGAGCACUGUGAAUCGGGAUGGUCAUUCACAUCACUAAGUCAUUUAGAAAUAAAUAUAAAUAAGUAUUCUCCCAUGAGAGGUGGAUCUUAUAUAGAACUACCCGUUGUUAUUAAAAAUACGAAGAGCUGUAUAAAUGUCUACAAUAACGAUGAAUAUUGUUUUUUAUGGAGCAUCUUAGCAGGAUUAUUUCCAGUCAAAAACAAUGUCUGUAGGACAAGCUCUUAUCCGCAUUUUAAUUCGAUAUUUAAUAUAAAAGGGAUGUCAUUCCCACCAUCCGCCAAAGACAUCAGGUUGUUUGAAAAGAAUAACAGUAAUUUAAGUAUUAAUAUUUACGGAUUGGAUCAACAUUACACUGUAACUGGUCCUCUUUAUGUGACAAAUUUUAAGAAAGAUAAGCAUAUUAAUUUAUUGUAUUUCGAGAAAAAUGACAGAGCUCAUUAUUGUUUGAUCAAAGAUCUUUUACGCUUAGUGAGACGUCAAGUUUCCCGUCAUAAAGGUCGAAUGUAUUUAUGUGAGACAUGUUUGCAAUUUUUUACUAGUGAAAUGAAAUUCCACUCUCAUGCCUGUUCUAAAAUUAUAACAUUAUUACCAGACAAAAACAGCACGUUACAAUUUAAGCAUUUUGAGAGACAGCAAAAAAUCAAUUUUGUUAUAUACGCGGAUUUUGAAAGUCUAUUAUGCAAUUAUGAUGAAGAAAAUACUAAUAAAAAUACUAUAAAAAAUAAAUUACACCUGCCUUCAUGUUUUGCAUAUUAUGUAUGUUGUUCACAUGACACUAGUUUAAAUAAAUUUGUUACUUACACAGGGACAGACUGUGUACAAGUGUUUGUCAAAAAAUUAAUUGAAGAAACAAAAUCAAUACAUAAGGUUUUGAUUACUAAAAAAGCUAUGAAACCUAUGACUCCAGAACAAAUGAAUAAUUAUCGUAGUGCAAGUAGAUGUCAUAUUUGUAAAAAUUUAUUAUUUGAUGACAAAGUGCAAGAUCAUGAUCAUAUUACAUCAGAAUAUAGAGGUGCAGCUCACUCACACUGUAAUUUAAUUUAUAAAGUCUGUCCAUUCAUACCUGUCAUAUUUCAUAAUUUAUCUGGCUAUGAUUCCCAUAUAUUUAUCAAGGAAUUGUCUAAAUAUGAUGGUGAAAUAAAAAUAAUUCCAAAAACAAAAGAAAAAUAUUUAUCCUUUACAAAAAUUAUUGAAACUGAUAAAUGUUAUAAACCUUUGCAAAUUAAAUUCAUAGAUUCAUUCCAGUUUCUUAGCACAAGUCUCGAUAAUCUGAGUAAAAGUUUAACAGACAGUGAUUUCUUAAAUUUAAAAUCACAUUUUCCUGAUGACAAAAAAUUCGAGUUAAUACGAAGGAAGGGUAUAUAUCCAUAUGAAUAUAUUGAUUCAUGGCAGAAAUAUAAUGAGACACAACUUCCACCAAAACAUUGUUUUUACAAUAGUUUGCAAAUGAAACAUAUAACUGAUAGCGAGUAUGAACAUGCGCAAACCGUUUGGAAUUACUUUAAUAUUAGUAGUCUUGGUGAAUAUACUGAUUUAUAUUUAAAAAGUGACGUAUUAUUAUUAUGCGAUAUAUUUGAAAAUUUUAGAAAAAUAUGUCUACAGCAUUAUAAUCUCGAUCCUGCACACUAUGUAAGUUCACCUGGUUUAAGUUGGGACGCCAUGCUCCUUUACACGGGUGUUCAACUCGAGUUGAUUCAUGAUUUAGAAAUUUAUAAGAUGAUAGAAAAAGGAAUACGUGGUGGACUAGCACAGUGCUCUCACCGAUAUGCUAAAGCCAAUAACAUUUACCUCCCUCAUUUUGAUGAUUCUAGACCGUCGUCAUAUUUAGUAUAUCUUGACUGUAACAAUCUUUAUGGAUAUGCAAUGACUAAAAAAUUACCUAUAUCAGAUUUUAAAUUCAUGACAAGUUUCGAAAUGGCCAAUUUUUGUUUGUUUGAUAUUCCUGACGAUGCUGAGUACGGUUACAUUUUAGAAGUUGACAUGAUGUAUCCAGAUAAUUUACAUAAUUUACACAAAGAUUUGCCUUUCGCUCCGGAAAAGUUCAUACCCAUAGGAGGGAAAACAGAAAAGUUAAUCGCGAACUUGUAUGACAAGUACAACUAUGUUAUACAUUAUAUAUAUUUAAAAGAAUGUAUUAGACAUGGACUUAUUUUAAAAAAAAUUCAUCGGAUACUCCAAUUUAAACAAGAAAACUUUUUAAAAAAAUAUAUAGACUUAAAUACUCAAUUACGUCAAUCAGCUAAAACAUCAUUUGAAAGAGAUUUCUUUAAACUUUUGAAUAAUUCAAUAUUUGGAAAAACUAUUGAAAAUAAACGAAAACAGGUUGAUGUUAAACUGGUGACUAAGUGGAAUGAUAAUAAGAAUAGAACAAAUAAAACAUUAUGUGCUGAGAAACUAAUUGCAAAACCAAACUUAAAAAGUAUUAGUGUUUUUAGUGAAGAUUUUCUUGCAAUUCAAUUGGAUCCUGAAAAACUUGUUUUAGAUAGACCCAUAUAUGUUGGCUUUGCCGUACUGGAAUAUGCUAAACAACAUAUGUAUAAUUUCCAUUAUGACUUUAUUAAAAAAAAGUACGGUGACAAUGCAAAACUGUGUUAUACCGAUACUGACAGUUUAUUAUACUUAAUACAUACACAAAACUUUUAUAAAGAUUUGAAUGAUAAUAUAUUGAAAUUUGAUACUAGUAAUUUUGACAUUAAUAAUCCUUAUUGUAUACGAAAGUUAAACGAUAAAAUUCCCGGCUUGUUUAAAGAUGAAUUAGGUGGUGAUGUAAUAACCGAAUUUAUUGGAUUGAGAGCAAAACUGUAUUGUAUUAAAUCACUGAAAACACAGAUUAAUAAAGCUAAAGGUGUAUCAAGGCCAAUUACAAAAAGUUUAAAAAUAUCUAACUAUAAGAAAGUUUUAUUUAAGAAUAUUACUUUUAAAUGUAAGAUGAAUAUGAUUAAAUCAAGCAAACAUGUACUGUAUUCACAGGCAGUUAAUAAAGUAAUUUUAAAUAGAAUAGAUGAUAAAAGAUUAGUUCAACCAAAUCAAAUAGAUACAUUACCUUGGGGUCAUUGUGAUUACAUAUGCUAGAAAUUUUGUAUUAUACAAUGUAUACUGCUAUGAUUCAAAAUAUAUAGUUGUAUCUUAAAUAAAGAUAAGAUUUGCCUAAUAAACUAUACAUUUGGUUUAUAUUUGACUUUUAUUUCCUACAGACUUAUAUAAAUCCUGAAACCUAUAACAAUCAUCAUUUUGCAAUGAGAAUCUUGUACUCAACACCUGUUUGACUUAAUAUAACAAAAUAAAACAAGUAUAUAUGUGUCUGUUAAGUAGUUUUUGAAUUAAUAGGUAAGAUGAAGUUGAUCAAGCAACCCAUAUCCCUCAGUGUUAAUAAUAUAAGAUUAAAUGACUCCGUUCACCAUAUCAGACAUAGCGCUUUAUUACCGAAUACCAUUCGCUGUAUAAUGUGUGGUCCAUCAAACUGUGGUAAAACGAAUGUUAUGAUUAGUUUACUACUGCAUCAAAAUGGGCUCAAAUUUAGAAACCUUUAUCUUUACUGUAAAACUACUUUUCAACCAAAAUACCGUUUCUUGACUGAAGUUUUAAAAAGAGUACCGCAGAUUAACUUCUACGAAUUCAGUGAUGAUAAAGAUGUAAUUUCUCCGAGUGAAGCAUUAACGAAUUCUGUAUUUAUUUUCGAUGAUGUUGCAUGCGAAAAUCAAGUAAAUAUCCGCAAUUAUUUUUGUAUGGGUAGGCAUAAACAAAUAGAUUGUUUCUAUUUAUCUCAAACCUAUUCAAAAAUUCCAAAACAAUUAUUACGUGACAAUGUUAAUUUUCUUAUUAUAUUCAAGCAAGAUGAUGUGAAUUUAAAACACAUUUAUGAAGAGCAUGUUAGUUCUGAUUUACAGUGGAAAGAAUUCAAGAAUAUUUGUCGAACUGUUUGGAGUAAACCUUAUAAUUUUCUACUUAUUAAUAAAGAAUCGUCACUAAAUAAUGGAAGAUACCGACAGAAUUUUGAUAUAUUUUUUAAAUUUGACUGACUGUUUUACAUAUAAGUAAUUAACAUGCCAAAUCAAAUUCAGUAUAACUUGUUCUUUAGCUGAACGUAGUUGUUAUAUAUAAUAUAACAUGGAGAAAAAUAUUAAAAUAGAAUUAAUGAAGUCUGUAGACUCCAUAAAGAAUAAAAUAAAACAAAUGAAAAACCAGGAACACUCAAUGAAUUUGUCACUUGAUAAAAUGUUAAAACCUGUCACAGAUCCCCUUAAAACCCUUGUUGAUUCGAAUAAGACAAUAGAGAAAAUACAAACUUUUGAAAAUACACACUCUAAUUUUGAAGACAUGGAAUUGGAUGACAUUAAUACUAGUUCAUCAACGAAGUUUGAAGAAUGCUACGAUCCACAACCGAAUCCUAUACAGAUCGUUAAAAAGUCUCCCCAGACGGAAUUAGUGGAUGAUUUAGAAAUAUCAUUAGAGGGUCGUGAUAUCCAUGAUAUUUAUGAUGGGGUAAAUAUACCAUUUGGAAUAAGGAGUGCAAACAAAAAAUUACUAAUGGGUAAUUCAAUAGUUUCAUUUUCUAAAAUAGAUAGUGUGAAUGAUGACAAUGUCGUUUUAAUUAAAAUUGGUGACAAAAGCUACAAUUUAACCCCUGGUUUAAAAGAACUUUUACUUCGAAGAAAACCUGAUUUGAAACUAAUAUCGAGCAAAGAUAAACUUGUCUAUAAAGAUAUGUUGCAUUAUACAAAUGCACAUAAGAGAGAUUUUAAUCCCAAUGGGCAAAUAAGAGGCGAUAAAGGUAUAAAAUAUCGUGAAAUAAUCAAACCAUUGUUUUCUGAAACGUUAAACAAUAAUGUUGUCACUAAAUUUGGAAGAAGCUUACCAACCCUAAAGAAAUACAAAAAUAACACUGACUUGGUAUAUUGGGAUGAUCCUAACGAACUGGUUGACAGAUUGAAACUAUUAAUUGCUUCGCGAGAUGCCGGUAAUACAAACCAUGAUAAUGAAAUUUUAUCAAUAAUCGAAGAAUUAAAAGAAGCUGGCAUAAUUAAAUAAUAAAUAGUCAUAUUAACAUGCUUUUUAUUCAGUAUUUUAGCUGAAUUCAAGGCAAAUAUACUAAAUUGUGAACAUGAGUAAAGCUGACGUGGUAAACGAAAUUCAUAAAAAUGCGAGGGUGAACUAUCCACGAAGACGUGUUAUCAUGAAAGAUAUAGACGACUUGUGGCAAGCAGACUUAAUUGAUAUGCAAUCAAUUUCAAAAGAAAAUAAAAAUUACAGAUAUAUUCUUGCUGUCAUUGAUACAUUUUCGAAAUAUGCUUGGGCCUUUCCUAUGAGAAGUAAAACCAAAGAAGAUAUGUGUAACUCUUUCAAAACUUUGUUAGAUAAAGGACGUGUUCCUAAAAAUCUGCAAACAGAUAAUGGAGCAGAAUUUUAUAAUAACAAAUUUCAGAAGCUUAUGAAAUCGUAUCAUAUUAACCAUUAUUCAACUUUCUCAACAAAAAAGGCUUCAAUAGUUGAACGAUUUAUCAGAACAUUGAAAUCGAAAGUCUAUAAAGAAUUUAGUUUAAAAGGCAAUUACAAUUGGGUAAAUAAUACCCUCAAUGAUGUUAUUUACAAAUACAAUCACACUCACCAUCGCACUAUUAAUGAAAUCCCUGCUAAUGUGAACAAUAUUAAUAAAAAACUGAUAUUAGAAAGGUAUAUAAAAUUGUUAAAAAAUGAUAAUUUAAAAAGCAAGUACAAAGUAGGUGAUUAUGUACGUAUCAGUAAAUACAAAGGAACAUUUGAAAAAGGUUAUACUCCCAACUGGUCAACAGAAAUAUUUAAAAUUCGUAAAAUACAAAAUACAACUCCUAUAACUUACUUAAUCGAAGAUACUAUCAGAGGUCAGCCUAUUUUAGGUGCAUUUUAUACACAAGAACUUCAAAAAACAAAACAUCCCAAUGUAUAUCUAGUCGAGAAAGUUCUUAGAAGAAAAGGUAACAGGGUUUUAGUAAAAUGGUUAGGUCUAUCUUCAGCUGAAAGCAGUUGGAUUGAUAAAUCGAAUGUAAUAUUAUAAAACUCGAAUCACGUAACUAUUUAUUACAGUAUUCAAAGCAGAAUCAUCAGUCUUAUAAUGUGUUUUGGAGAGAGUAGUCUUCUCAAUUGGCUUAUUAAUAAUAUACCAUUUGAAUUACAUUUACCAGGAUAUAAUUACUGUGGUCCUGGUACUAAAUUAAUAAAAAGACUUACACAAGGAGAUAAAGGUAUAAAUAAGUUGGACGAAUAUUGCAAAGAUCACGAUAUUGCAUAUCACAAAUCAUCAAACUUAAAGGAUCGACAUAAAGCUGAUUUAAUUUUGUUAAAAAUGGCAAGAGAGCGAGCUGUUGCUUCCGAUGCCAAUAUAGGUGAAAAACUCGCAGCUCGCUUAGUAAGUAAGGCUAUGUUAGCAAAAAUUAAAACUGGUUCUGGUUUGAACAAAAAGUAUUCUCCAAAAAUUAUACCUGGAAAAGGGUUAAAAAGUAAAUUAAAAUCUGUUAUUACAAAAGCAAAAAGACACAUAAAAAAAUUAAAACCUAAGACCAAGAAAAUGGCUAUAGAAUUAGCUAUUGCCGCUACCAGAGAAUUAGCUGAUGAUUCAUCGAUUAAGCUCCCUCGUAUUAUUCCUAUUCCAAAAACUGGCGGAGUACUACCUUUGAUUCCUAUUUUUGCGGGAUUAUCAGCGGCGGGGGCUUUAGCAGGCGGUGCAGCUGGUAUUGCUAAAACCAUAAAUGAAUUCAAAAUGGCUAAAAAGCUGUAUGAAGAAUCGAAGAGACACAAUGAAAAAAUGGAAGCUCUAUGUAUUGGGAAAGGACUACACCUUAAACCACAUAAAGGCGGACUUGGAAUUUUUGUAUCAAAAGAAAAAAACUAAUAAAUCGGCUACCCAAACGGGCCUUAACUAACUUUGACAUUUUAAAGUACGGAAAUAGAAUUCCUUAUUUUAGAGGUGUCUUUAUGAGAGAUGAGCUCCCUAAAUAUCCUAAUAAAAAAGAAUGUGGAGUUAUUAAUUUAGAUAGUUCUAAAAAUCCUGGUUCUCAUUGGGUAGCCUAUGCAAAAUAUAAUGAUUAUGUUGAGUAUUUUGACAGCUAUGGAAAUCUAAAACCUCCGAAGGAAUUCAUAAAAUAUGUUGGUUCCAACAUACAAUAUAAUUAUGAAAAUAUACAACGUGAUCACCCCUUCAAUUGUGGACAUCUAUGUUUAAAUUUUUUAAAGAAUUUUUGGUAUAAUCAAGAAAUAAAAUAAACAGGAUCAUAUAAAAGAGUUCAGUAUGCAAGCAUGUCUACUACGAUUACAAUCUCUGGAAAUAAAUCAGAACUGGUCUCGUAUUUUCAACCACCUCUUCAUUUAUCUGAUCAAUACGAGUGCGGUUUACUAUACUUUUCAGUAAUAAAAAAAAGACCAAACGUGCCCGUUAAUAACAACAGUUUAACAGCUGUAAUCAGAAUCGAAUGUGAUCUUGUGCACGGUUCAUAUUACAACGGAUUACCGACUCAUUUUAUUCAUGAAUUUAUAUCUGAUACUGCUCCAGGUCGCAGCUACACAGAAAUACCUCAGAACGUUAUUUACUUCCCAGUGAACAAAAAUAUAAUUUCAUCCAUAUCUGUCAGGAUCGUAGAUCAGUUUGGUUACUGCAUUGACUUUGGUGAAGAACAUAUUCAAUUACGUCUUCAUUUAAGAAAAGCAAAAUGAUAGUAUAUAAUAAAAACCCUCCAGUGAAAAUAAAACGUCCUAUUCCGUCAACAACCGUUAAGGUGCACAGACGUAAGAAAAACGUGAAGAAAUUGACUAAAUCAAAUAAAGAUUUUCUUAAAGCUUUAGGGUUUAAAGUAUGAGUAUACUACAGAUUACUGAUUUACCACACUUUGAUAGUUCAAUCGAAAGCUAUGAAGUCCAUUCAUACAAUCCCUACAAUAACAGCUUUAGAGAAAACGAUGAAAUCAGAAUCCCCAUACAUCAGCAAGACAUAUACGUGCUACCAUCAGCCAGUUCAAUCUACAUCGAAGGCCAGGCAAAGCUGUUCGGUAAGGAUGGGCAUCCGAGCAAGAAAACUGUUACGUUCACUAAUAACCCUGUUAUGUAUUUGUUUCAAGACAUCAGAUACGAAAUGAAUGGAAUUGAAAUAGAUCGUAUAAAAAAUUCCGGAAUAACAUCAACAAUAAAGUCAUACAUCUCAUUAAAUGAAGCAGAAAGUAAAGUUGCUGCAUUGUGGGGUUGGAAUUUAAACGGGUUCCAAAGUGAUGGGCAUUUUAGCGUUGUGGUGCCAUUAAAUAAGAUUUUAGGGUUUGCAGAGGAUUAUAAUAAAAUUGUAAUAAAUUGUAAACACGAACUUAUAUUGAAUAGGAGUAAUUCUAACUUAAAUAGUAUUAUUCUUACUGAUGAAAACGUCCAGCUUCAAAUAGAUAUACAAAGGGUUCAGUGGAGAGUACCACAUAUAAAAGUUUCAGAUAGAGAACGUUUAACACUUUUAAAGCAUUUAGAAAGAGAUAAACCUAUUCAGAUGGCUUUUAGAAAUUGGGAUUUAUAUGAGUAUCCUUUACUACCUAAAACCACAAAGCAUUCUUGGUCAGUAAAAACUGCUUCUCAAUUAGAAAAGCCCCGGUAUGUAAUUUUUUGCUUGCAGACUAAUAGAAAAAGUAAUAAAUCAAAAGACAGCUCAGUAUUUGAUCAUUGUGAUGUGACAAAUGUAACGCUAUUUUUGAAUUCUCAAUAUUACCCUUAUGAACCUUUAGGUUUAAAGUUUUCUGAAAACAAGUACAGUAUAUUAUAUGAAAUGUAUGUGAAAUUUCGUCAGUCGUAUUAUAGCAGCCCAAUCGAUCCCUUGCUUGAUCUGAAAGAUUUUAAAGAAAAAGCACCACUUUUUAUUAUAGAUUGUUCAAGGCAAAAUGACUGUUUAAAAACAGGUCCGGUAGACGUAAGGUUGGAAUUUGAAUGUUCAACAUUAAUACCAGAUAACACAACUGCCUACUGUUUAAUUAUUAACGAUCGACUUGUGGAAUACAAACCGUUAAGUAACAUUGUGCGCAGGCUAUCAUGACUGCAAUUGUAGAUGUUCAAGGUUUCAAAACAGAAGCUAAUGAAUUUAUAAUAAAGGAGAUUGCGAUAUUAUGCGAUAAAAAAAUACAGGUAUUUCUAAUAAAACCUCCAUUUCCAUUUUACAAUUUGACUAAACAAGAACGGCGACAAGUAAGUUGGAUUGAGCGCAAUAGAAAGAUACACUGGAAUGAAGGAAUUGUGCCUUACUCAAAUUAUCAGAAUUUGGUUAUAAAUAUUUUAAGAGAUAAAUGUGUUUAUGUCAAAGGUUCAGAAAAAGUGUCAUGGUUAAGAAACAUUGUAAAUAGUACUAAUGUUAAUAACUUAGAAGAUAAAGGUUGUCCUAGUUUAUUAAACUUAUAUAAAGAAUAUGAAAACUCUCAUGAUCUGUAUAGCUGUAUUAAUCAUGAUUCAGUAUGUGCAUUAAAAAAUGUUUUCUGUUUAAAUAAAUGGCGUAUAGACAAUGUAGUAUAAACACUCUAAGUAACUAAUAAAUUUUUGAAAUAAAUA